UAUUUAAUUUGAUAAAUCCAGAACUAUAAAUCUAUCAAUCUGAUAAGAAUAUUGUAGUUUUAAUGACAUAUGAUAAAAGUACAUAGUGUACCACAAUGAAAAUUAAGAAUUAUAUAAAUCAGAAGUAAUGAUAUCUAUUUGCAGGAGAAUCUUUCUCUACACCGUUAACUACAACCUCACUUUCACUUUGUGACAUUUAAUCCAUAUGGUAACAACAGGUAUUAUUGCACGCGUGGUAAAUCGUAUAUAUUUUAAUAAACAAAAAAUUAAUAAACAAUGGAAUCUUCUCAAUUAAAAAAUAUUUUUAAUAUCAAAUAUGUGAAAAAAUGCAGCGAUGAUAUUCAAUAUGGAACAGCCGGCUUUAGAGCAAAGGCAAAUGUUCUUGAACAUGUUCUGUAUAGAAUGGGAUUGCUAGCAGUAUUGAGAUCUAAAGUUAAAAAUGCUGCAAUUGGUUUAAUGAUUACGGCAAGUCAUAAUAUUGGGUCUGAUAAUGGUGUGAAACUUAUAGAUCCAGCUGGUGAAAUGUUAGAAGCAGCUUGGGAACAUAUAGCUACCAAUUUAGUUAAUGUAGAAGAUUCAAAUUUAGUUUCUACAAUAGAGCAUAUUAUAAAAGAACAAAAUAUUAACAUGUCUAUAGAUGCAGUUGUAAUAACUGGUAGAGACACCAGAGAAAGUAGUCCUACAUUAUUAAAUGCUGCUCUUGCAGGAAUUGAAGCCUUAUACGGAUUUGUACAAGAUUUUGGUAUAGUUACAACCCCUCAGUUACAUUAUCUUGUUGUAUGUACAAACACAAAAGGUAGUUAUGGCGAUCCCACUUUAUAUGGUUAUUAUGUGAAGUUAUCAAAAGCAUUUAAACAUGUAAGACAAAAUAUGGUUAACAAUGGACAGUAUGUUGCCGAAUUGUUAUUAGAUGCUGCUAACGGUGUUGGAGCUAAUGCCAUAAGAGAAUUUCAAAAUUACAUAGGAACAGAAAUUGCAAUUAAUGUAUAUAAUGAUGGAGAUGGGAAAUUAAACCACAUGUGUGGAGCUGAUUAUGUGAAAGUACAACAAGUACCACCCAUAAAUUUUCCUCUCAAACCAAAUGUUAGAUGUGCAUCCAUAGAUGGUGAUGCAGAUAGAAUUAUUUAUUUCUACAUGGAUGAAGACAAUAAAUUUCAUCUUUUGGAUGGUGACCGAAUAGCAACACUUAUUGCUGAAUAUCUUAAAGAACUUUUACAAGAAAGUCAUUUAUCAUUUCAACUUGGUUUAGUACAAACAGCAUAUGCUAAUGGUAGUUCUACUGAUUAUAUUUCAAAUGUACUACAAAUUCCAGUUGCUUGUGUAUCAACUGGUAUUAAACAUCUACAUAAUAAAGCACUAGAAUUUGAUAUAGGAAUAUAUUUUGAAGCAAAUGGUCAUGGAACUGUACUUUUUAAAGAAACUACUAUUGAAACAAUUGAGAAAGCUAUCAUAAAUCCAGAACAAUCUACAAGUGAGAAAAAAGCUGCUUCGAAAUUACUGAAUAUAAUAAAUGUAAUUAAUCAAACAGUUGGAGAUGCUUUUAGUGAUAUGUUGCUAGUAGAGACAAUUUUGCAUGCGAAAGGCUGGAAUAUCAUAGAAUGGGAAAAAAUGUACAAAGAUUUACCAAAUCAACAACUAAAAAUAAAAAUUAAAGAUAAAAAUGUUAUUACAACAACUAAUGCAGGAAGACAAUGUAUAACACCAGAAGGAUUACAAAAUGAAAUUGAUAAAGUAGUAUCGCAAUAUAAAAAAGGACGAUCUUUUGUAAGACCGUCAGGAACUGAAGACAUAGUACGAGUAUAUGCAGAAUGUGAAAAUUUAUGCGACCUUAAUAAGUUAAUUACAGAUGUGGCAUUGUUAGUUUACGAUCGUGCAGGUGGAAUUGGACCUAAACCUCAACUUUCCUAGUAAAUAGCUAUAGUUCUUCAUUAUUUGCUAUACAUAUACAUAUAUAUCAAUUUCAUUUAUAUUAGUGUACAAGUCUUAAGAAUUAUAAUUUAUAUAAAUUGUAUGUUAGUUGAGGGUAUUAUAUUUUGUAUCAAUAAUAAAUUAUAUAUGUAUACAAUACUAUAUACAUAUCAUAUAUAUAUUAUGUAACAGACACUACAAUUUUUCAGGCACUUACGAUAGUCUGAUGAAGAAAUGUUUUGAAUGAAAGUUAAUUAGCUUCCAAUCGACUACAAAUUGCAAUGUAAAAAAUUUCCUAGAAAUUGAUUUUUCGAUAGAAAGUCAAGAUCACCUUGGCUUCUUUAUGACAUUAUGUAUUUUUGGCUUCAUACCGUUAUAAAUGAUGUUAAAAUGAGUUCAAUAACCUACUACGUUAUGAUUUUAAAAAUAAAAAUUAUUUUAUUUCGAUAAAA